AUGACCAGGCAACAAUACGAUGCGGCAGAGAAUAUGCAUCGAGCAAUGGACGCCAUUGACGGGUGCAGAGGUCGAAAGCGUUCAUGGGUGGAUCGUCACAAAUGGAAGGAACUGAAAGACUUGAAAUGGCUAGAAGACCCGAGAGUCAGUUUGUGUAUUGAAUACAAAGCGAUCUUUCCAGAUGUCAUACUGAGUAUGGAUAAAGAGAGGGAUGUUCUGACCAUCAAUCAAGGAAUCCCGUAUGUACAGGGGAUUGGAGAGAGAAUCCGAGGGAGGAAGAGGGGUAAGCAAAUCAUUUGGGGAAUGAUUGAAGACGUGGGAAGCGAGGAAGGCUCGUAA